AUGCAUGAUCCAAGCGCUCCAAAACGCCCUGUCGGUGGUGAAUAUGGAUGGGUUUCUCCUUUUAUAGUGGCAGUGAGAAAAUAUUUAAAACUUGAUCCAGAACAAUUACCUUCAAAAGACAAAACAAUCGUCUCGACGAUUGUUGAAACAGCUGCUGCCGGUAUUAUUGAAGAAGGCAAGAAUAUUGGAAAGUUGUACGAAGGAAAUAAAUUAGCUGAAAUUCUUCUUGAGAAAAAGAACCAAGAAAUAAAUCAAGUUUGGACAUGUUGUGCUUAUCUUUACUCAAUGGAAAGUUUUUUGUACAAAAACUUGGAUGAAGCAAUGAGACUUAUAGGGAGUAGCGAUCAUGAAAAAGUUUGGGAAAGUAAAAUCAGUACGUUAGGACCAUUUUGUUUGCUUCUAUGGGAUAAUCCGUUCAAUACUAAACUUACAAUAGAUAAAAUACUCUAUCGAGCAUCCAAGUUGACGGAUCAGCAAAUCGCUGCCUAUAAAGGGAUGACUAACGAUCCUGAGGAAUUUGGUUCAUUUCAAGCAUUCACUUCGUGCAGUCGGGAUCCCAAUAUAGCAGAGAAAAUUCCGAAUGCGAAUGUCUUAUUCAUUAUGGAGAUAGCCUUUGCCUUCUCCGUUGAUCUGAAGCCAAUAUCUUUGUAUCCAGAUGAAGAAGAAGAACUCAUAACUCCAGGUGUUUGUUUCAGUAUCAAAAGUUUUGAAUUCGAUGCAACGAAGAAGAAACAUAUAAUCAGCUUGAAGCUAAAACACUGCUUCUCUAGUAAGUAUGACUCUUUCUUCAAAGCUCUAUUUUGUUACUUAAAAAAUGAUUCAUUGAAGAAUUCCCAUCAUGAUUUUCUUUAUGAUCGAACCUACACACACAAUAUUGUCUAAUUAAGUAAGGAGGAGCGAUUAGGUUGAUGAAUUAAGUAAUAUCUUGUAAAACUGAACGAAUCUUUAUUAAUCACAAAACACAUAGGUGAAACAAACUUGUUAAUAUUGAGUCACCGAUAUUUAGUCAUAUCUGAAGAAAUAGUUUAUUUUUAUAUAAGAAUUUUUCUUUUCGAGAGAAAUCAUCAAAGAGAUCAUAUACUAUUCAACUGGCAUCAAUCUAAUUUUCUUUAGAUGCAAUGCUUUUAUCAAGUCAACUUUUCUCUUUUUUUCCAUUGCCUUUUCAUCGAUAUAGAUUCAACUUUUGAUAAACUCUUAAGAAAAAUCUAGACUCUUGAGCAACUUGCAUUUACUUCAAUUAAUUGAGUUUCAUGUAUUCUCGAAUAAAAUGCGAAAUGUAUAGGCAUCAAGAAAUUAGAGAGAUUUUGGUUGGAUAUAUUAUAGAAAAUGUUUUGCUUUUUUUCCUACAUGCUUUCGUCAUAUGCCUAGUUGUCAGAGUUUUUAGCUAAAAAAUCUUAAAAGAUUAAGAUUACUAUUCUUUCUCGACUUUUCACAUUUUAAAAAUCUCUUUUCAAAUUCUCGAAAUUGUUUUGGCUUUCUGAAAAACUUUUAUUAAAAAAUUAUGAAAAUAAAAGAGAGACAAGAGAAAACUCUCCGUAGAAGACUGAACGCUAGGGCAUAAUAGAAGAUCCGGAAUCUUCUAUUAUAAGGAGGAGUUUAUU